AUGAACCACAAAAGACUAGACGCAAUUAAACGUCUCGAGGAGGCGUCGCAAGCUCUGAACAACAUAGCUGUUGCUCACCGCGAACGCGACAUUAACUUCUUUGAGAAUAAGUGGGAAGAACAAAAAGCUCGGCAGCUGGAGGAGAUGAUCGAGUCUAAGGCAGAAAAAAGGGAAUGUCUCGAAAUAAUGCUUGGUUUAGAGGAAGAGCUGGUUCAGGCAAGGGAUCGACUCAAGGCUCUCCAAAACAAGCGCCGAAGAGCAAGGGCCAAUGCUGAAAAGAAUGAGCUGAUGUCAUUGCCGACGUCAGUGGCUGACAUAGAGGAGCAAAUCGAAUUUAUGGCAACAGCCCUUGGUGGUGAAGAGUUUCAUAACCUGGUUGGUGCUACUCGCAACCAAGAGAAUGCGGUCCUCUCUUUAGCUAUUGCUAGGGGGAACCUCUACGAAGCCAAAGUCGGCCUUGUGGAAGCCAGGCUACGUCGUCAUUGGCACUCUGCCCGCCAACAACAAUACAUUGCGCGCCAUCUAUGGAAGAGAACUAGCGAUGUUUGUGUGAAGUAUAAUACAUAUAAAAGGCAGGUCUAUAAAUAUGUACAUAACUAUCCAGAUGCUAAUGCACCACAUCUGCCUGAGCUGGGUCAGAUCAUGACAAUGGAAAUGGAUGAUGAUUUCUGGAACAGAGGCGAACUCGAACCGGAAGCAGGCAAAGAGGGUGAGAUCAAUCGUUUAGGCAUUAACAGUUUCUUAGCUCAACGUAGUUCGCGUGAAGAGCUGCGACGAAUUGCUCGCGAAGCUCAUCAGAUGACCGCUUGGGCCAACAUGUACUAUGAUCGCAUAGUAUCCCUUAAAAACCGAAUUGAACAAGCUGUUGGAGCAGACCGAGUUCGAAUGUUGUCUCUGUAUAACAUUGUGAAGAAACAGGCAAGCAAGCUAUGGAAGAGAUGGGGCUUUGACCUUAAAAAGGAACUUGAAGCAAUGUCCACCUAUAUCAAUGUGGAUAAUGAACUUUAUUUAAAAAUGAAAGAUGAUUUUGAGAAGGUAACUGAUUGGGCAGAGGAGGAAUGGAGAAUGAUGGCUGGGAAGCCAGUCAUACGUGCUCAGGAGCCAGACAUAUAUGAGGAAGAUGAAGAUCUAUUAUAUGAACAGUUGUACGACAAUUUUGGGGAACUCAGAGUAUAA